GUUUGCAAAAAUGUAACGUGUAAUAAAUUCGAGUUAAUUUUGUGUGCUAAUUAAAAUGUGAACGUGUGUAUAUAAUUUAUAACUGUAAUACUUAUAAUUUAGAGAGUGAAAUAAUUCUACGCAAUUAUAAGAAACUUCAGUUAUUUUGAUUCGAAAUUUUAAAGUUCAAAUUUAAGAAAAUGAAAUCAAAGAUGGCCGAUGUUCCUGAUCCGGGUUCCAGAUACAUCCUGCAAGAUUUACUGGGCCAGGGAACAUUUGGCAAAGUUUACUCAGCUGUUGACAAUGAAUCGGAUCAGAAAACAGUAGCUGUAAAAGUACAGAAAUACAACAAAGUCACAAGAAUGUUUAUAGAAGAAGAAUACGAAGUUCUGAAAACUCUGGAAAACCCACUACAUUUUCCAACUUUUCAUGGAGCCUAUCAAAAGAAUGGUGACAUGUGGUUCAUUCUAGAUAAUUGUGAUGGAGGCACUGCACUGAAUUUAGUGUAUAAUUUGAUAAAAAGGAACCGUAAACUGUCGGAAGAACAUAUAGCUUAUAUUUUGAAAGAAAUUGUCAAGGCUGUGAUAUUCCUUCACGAUAACAACAUCAUUCAUCGAGAUAUCAAGGCUAGGAAUAUCAUGUUCACUCGUGAAGGUGAGGUGAGACUGUGCGACUUCAAUUUGGCGAAAAGACUCAACGAGAAAGACGACGUUUUAAGGGAAUGCGUAGGUUCACCAUACUGGAUGGCUCCAGAAGUGGUAACAGCAAACAUCAAGGAGGUUGAUGGUGGAUAUUACGAUAAUCGAGUUGAUGUUUGGAGUUUAGGAAUAACAGCCAUCGAACUAGGUGAAGGAAAAACGCCUUUUUUGAACAUGCAUCCAUCCAGAGCUUUGAAUCAAAUAAUAAAGAAUCCUCCACCAUCUUUGGAAAAGAUUUCCUAUUGGGAAGAAGGUUUUUAUGAUUUCAUUAACGAAUGUCUUGUUAAAAACUUUGAGCACAGACCUUACAUCAUUGAGCUCAUCGAACACCCAUACUUACAGGCAGUUCCUGAACAAAACUAUCACUUAGGACUCGAAAUAAAGCAACUGAUUGAAGAUGUCAGAAAUCAACACUGCAAAACGAAUGAUCCCGAGAUAACUGUUUUGGGCAAAUAUAUAAAAACAUCAACUUCAAACGAUUUAGAGGAAAUUUUAGAAGAAGAUUUGGCAGAUCUGCUUAUUAUAAAUGAAAAAACCGUUUUGAAGACUAUGGAACGAAGAUUUUUGAAAGACGAGAUAUAUAGUUUUAUUGGAGAUAUAUUGAUUUGUUUGAAUCCCAACAAAAAAAUAAAUAUAUACGGAGAUGAAGUGCACAAGAAGUACUUGGGCAAGUCAACAUCAGAUAACGCUCCUCACAUCUAUGCGAUUGCUGAUUCAGCAUAUCAAAAUGCUUUACAUCAUAACGUUCCACAGUAUAUUGUUUUUACAGGUGAGACAGGAUCGGGAAAAACAACAAACUACCUUCAUGCAAUUGAUCACUUGUUUUUUAUUGGUCACCAAGAUCCGAUCAAUAUAUUUCGAAUAAAAAACGGUAUAAAAUUGAUACAUGCCUUGAUACAUGCCAGCACUCCAUCAAACACUUACUCAACAAGAUCUGUCUUAAAAACUACAAUAUUUUAUGGAAAAACUGGUAAAUUGACAGCAGCAAGCUUCAAAGUACACUUCCUGGAAAAAUGGAGAGUUUCCUCAGUCGAUAUGGAUCAUUCAAACUUUCAUAUAUUGUACUACAUCUAUGAUGGGUUGCGAAGUAUCGACGCUACCGACAAAUACAAACUGGACUCAGAAAGAAAAUACAGGUAUUUACGUAUACCGGAGGACUCGAAAAAGAAUCAGGACAGAAAUAAGCCAAGGGACAACAUCGAUAAAAAUGUUAUUAAAUACAAGAAGAUAUUUAGUUAUUUGGAAGAGUUCGAAUUUUCGGAAGAACAGAUAUUUACUGUUUUUACUAUUGUUUCUGCUAUUUUGAACUUAGGUGAAAUACGUUUUCAAGAAGACUCUGAAGACUCAUCGUCCAUCGUAGAGAACAGAGAAUACGUUGAAAAAUUUGCAGACUUGAUGGAAAUUGACGAGAAAAAACUUAGAUGGGCUAUGACCAAUUACUGUCUUGUUAAAAGAGGAAGUAUUAUCAGAAAGAAAACCACCGCAGACGAAGCAAGAGAUAUCAGGGAUGUUCUGGCCAAUAAUCUUUACAGUAGAUUUGUUGAUUAUAUCGUCGAAGUGAUCAAUGACAAACUAGAAAUGGGAAAAGCUAUAUUUGGUGAUAAAUACAUUAUCAAACUGCUAGACUUCUUUGGGUUCGAAUGCUUCAAACAAAACCAUUUGCCUCAAUUUUUCGUGAAUUGUUUCAAUGAACAACUUCAGUUUCAUUAUCUUCAAAGAGUCUUUGCCUGGGAACUACAAGAUGUUAAGAUGGAAGACGUAGAGUAUGAGCCGAUCAGCUACUUUGAUAAUAAAGAUACGUUGAAUCAGUUGCUGAGUAAACCGUAUGGUUUGCUGAGUAUUAUUGAUGAUGCUUCGAAGAAGAAUUUGGAUGGAAGAUAUGUUAUGGAAAAUAUACAGAGCCAAGAAUUUACAAGAGUUCAACUUUCAAACAGUAAAGAAUUUUCGGUAGCUCAUUAUACAGGAACAGUAUCUUAUUCUGCCAAGGAAGUUGCCGAUAAAAACCGAGAUUUUUUGCCGCCUGAAGUUAUCGAAACUAUGAGAGAGUCUGAGAAUUCAAUUAUCAAAACUUUGUUUUCGAACAAACUAAACAAGACUGGAAACUUGAUUUUGAGUUUCAAGAAAGCCACAAGAACUAAAUCCAAACAAGAAGCUAGAAAGAUAACUCGUUCUAAUCAAUUUUCCCAAACUAAAAACAUGAGAACUUCUGGAUCAGUCUUUAGAUAUCUGUGUCUGGAUUUGUUAAAAGAACUAUCAGUUGGAGACAGUUCUGGAGGAACACAUUUUGUAAGAUGUAUUAAAUCGGAUCUUAAAGGAAAUCCAGACAGUUUUCACACUGAGUUGGUACGACAGCAAGUCAAAGCUUUGGCAGUCAAAGAAACAGCUAGAAUAAGACAGUCUGGCUAUCCUCAACGUAUAAUUUUUUCAGAGUUCUUGAGAAGGUACCAGUUUUUGGCUUUUGAAUUUGAUGAAAAUGUGGAUGUCACCAAAGAAAACUGUCGAUUAUUGUUGAUCAGGCUCAAGAUGGAAGAUUGGGCGAUGGGAAAAUCGAAGGUUUUCUUGAAGUACUACAACGAGGAAUAUUUAACUCGGUUGUACGAAACCCAAGUAAAGAAAAUUGUUAAAAUUCAAAGCAUUUUCAGAGGAUUCUUAACCAAAUGUCGACUAGCCAAGAAAGCAAAGGAACGAAGGAAAUCAUGCGUAGUUGAGGAGAUUCAAAGAAGAAGACGCAGUAACAGUUUAACUCAAGAAGAAGCAGCUGAAAUUAUCCAGAAAGGAGGAAUACAAGGCGACGGUUAUCUGAAGCCUACCCAGCACUAACAGAAAAAGAUGCCCAGUUUGUAGCUCCAUUCGCUAAAAAAUGGAAAAACAAAAGUAUGUUUUACGUUUUGUUGCAG